UGAAGCAUUCCAGGCAGGUGUUUUGUCUUUGCUGCUACUUGUCUCUUUGCAGCCUUGUAUUUCUGCACUAAGCCAAUUCACCUAGCUAUGUGUUUACACGUGUCAAUCACCCACUUCCUCUAACUUUGCAUACUUGGCACUUAAAAAAUGACACAUCUCUCGGCCCUGAGCACAUGUACAGGUAAUUGCAAUCUGUGUUGAUAAUAAACUACUACUUCCCAUCACCAAUCCCUUAGCGGCGGAGAUAAUAUCACAAUUACCAUGGAAAGAGAAGCAAAGGACAAGAAACCCUCAAUGAGAAGAUCAAGAAAAGGGUGCAUGAAGGGCAAAGGAGGACCAGAGAACGCACUAUGCCCCUACAGAGGAGUGAGGCAAAGGACGUGGGGGAAAUGGGUGGUUGAAAUCAGAGAACCAAAUAGAGGCAAAAGAAUUUGGUUAGGCACUUUCAACACUUCCCAUGAAGCUGCUAAAGCCUAUGAUCAGGCUGCCCUUAAGCUCUAUGGCUCUUCUGCUACCCUUAACUUGCCAAACUACUACCAGAUAUCAUCAGCAACUACUCCUCCUGCCAACACUUCAUCCACAAAAUGUCAAGAACUUGGCAAUGAUACUAUUGGCACCUGCUGCAGCAGUGAAUUGGCAACUGCUACAAGUUUCUCAUCACAACAAGAUUCCAGGCGUGGUGCAAUUAGUAGUGAGAGUUCAGGUUCAGGUUCAGGUAUAGGUGUAAUUGAGGGAAUGGAUAUUAUGUAUUGGCCAGAGUUUGGUAUUGAAACUGAGUUCUUGGGAAGUAGUGAUGUUGGAAUUGCUACAGUGGGUGAAGAGGGGUUUAAUUGGGAUGGGUUUCCAGGUCCAUGGAGCCUUUAGAUUAAAUUGUUUUCUAGUUAUCUCUCGUCUUCUUAGGGGAAAAUAUAGCAUUAACUACUGUCAAUGUAAAUGCCUAGGCUCUUCGUUAA